AACAGACCCAUAGAAAGGACGCGCGUAUUUUUUGAUCUCAUGUUCGCUCCAACAUUUCUCACUCACUCGGCACUCCCUCAAACGUUUCUCAUCUUCUCAACAUUUCUAAACAUUCUCUGCUUCAAAAUUCUCGAAUGAAACGCAUCUAGGGUUUCUUCUGUUCCAUUCAUUCAUAGGGUUUCAAGAUCAAGCUUCUGUAAUUCUCAUUCUUGUUCUGUGAUUAGAUAGAGAGAUAGAGAGAAGAUGAAGACGUCGAAGUUAUUCGACGGGUUUAACGUUUUCAUAUCGCGACACUUAUUUCCACCUCAUGAAUUUGACACUGUUCUCAAGGCUGUUGAAGAGAACGGCGGUCAAGUUCACAUCGGUUUUGAUCUUUCCCGCAACGGUGAAAAUGAUUACCACAUCAUUUCUUGCCGUCAACAUUAUAAAUUUCAAGAUUUAAAAUCCAAAGGCUGCAAGAUGAUCGGUUAUAGAUGUGUUCUUCAAUGUGCUAAAGAAGGAAGACCUCUGCCUAGACAAGCAGCCUUCACUUGCUGCUUAACUAUGGAGGCUGUCAAAAUACUCGCCUAUGGCUUUGAUGCAGAUCAGAUGGUUAAGAUAGAUGAAUUAAUGAUUGAAAUGGGGGGAGCUCUACACACUACACCGUCAUCAGAUUUAAACUCUGUCAUUGUGAAAAAUGUUUGGGCUCCAGAGUACAAGUGGGCUUUGAAUGUCCUGAAGAAACCAAUAGUUAGUUAUGAAUGGUUAAAGCAAUGCUCAGAUGAGCAUCAAGUUGUUCCUCAAGAGUCAUAUAUGUUUCUUCCUUUCUCUGGGUUAAAGAUCUGUGUGACUGGAAUCCAAGCAGAUAAGCGCAAAGAGAUGGAAAAGCUUAUUCUACAAAAUGGUGGAAAAUACUCUGCAGAACUGACAAAGAAGUGCACACAUUUGAUUUCUAAUGCUCCUGAAGGUGAUAAGCAUAAGAUGGCAAAACUUUGGGGACAUAUUAAUAUUGUGACAAUGAAAUGGUUUGAUGAAUCUAUUGCUCAAAGAGCAUGUCUGAAUGAGGAGUCCUACCCUGUUCAGAGUGGAUCUUUAUUGUCACGUAAGGUGACUAGGAACUCAACAGCGGAGCAUAGUCAGGAAAAGGAUAUUGGGAAAAUGCAAUCUGGUUCAUCCUCAAGAGCCGCAGAUUCAAAUAUACUAGUUCAUUGCGCCAAGUCUUUAAAUGUAGAUCCUGCCGCUACACAGUCAAAACAUAUGUUGUCUGUUUCUAAUGUUCCAUUAUUUGUUAAAGAGGCAGAUGCUGAAGCACCUCCAUUACAGACCAGCAAUGAAUUGAACUUUAAUCGAGCUGUGGCCAAUGUUUCUGAAUCUGAUGACGAUGACCGGUAUUUAGCAGAUUGCAGAAUAUCACUUGUUGGUUUUGAAGCUUCUGAAAUGGAGAAGCUAAGUAAUAUGGUGCGUAAAGGUGGAGGCUCCCAAUGCUUGUAUUUAAAUGAUAAGUUGACACACAUAGUAAUCGGGAAUCCAACAGAAGUGGAAAGGGAGGAUGUAGUGAGAACUGUUGCUCUAGGUGUCAAUUACGCUGUUAAAACCUCUUGGCUUGAGGAUUGUGAUCGCGAAAAAAAACAAGUCCAUGUUCUACAACGGUACAGUGCAUAUGAUAUUCUUUUUCCAAAAGGUCAGAAAAAGUUGGUGGAGGCAUCCGAUAGGAUAAAAAAGAAGAAUCUAGAAGAGAAGGAAUUGACAAUAGCUCAUGUUGACUUAGCAGAAGUGUUGGUUGACUAUGCUGCUUCCGAGAUUGCGGAAUUAAAGAGACGACAAAAGGAGAUGGAGAUGGAAUAUGUAAGAAUCGACGAUUACUUGAGGGCAAAGUUAGGUCCUCUUUAUGGAUACCAAAAGCCUAAAAAUGAGUUGAAGAUUGAGGCUUAUAAACUUUACGAGGAGGAUUGUAAGUCUAAGGGAAUAGUUGCCAUCUCUAAGCAUCAUGAGAUGGGAUUUAAGAAAGCAAUGGAGGCGUUUGGUGACAUUGCGAAAGAGAGCUGUCGUCGUAACUUUGUUACGUACUUGAAUGAUCCGGUUAGAAAGGAAAACAUUGAAAACCACUUCAAGGGGAUGAUUUUGAGGUUUCCUGGUGAUGAGAUUGAUCCCAAUGGUGCAAAAUUUGUUUAUAAGUUUGUGUGUGAAGUGUCUGAUUCUGAUAAGCCUCCAUAUUCAAAGAGGGCACGAAGUGGUAUUGAUCAGCCCGAAGAACAGGAGGUGCACAACGGGACUGCUAAGAAAAUGAAAUAUGAACCGUGAGCAAUAAAAUGAAAUAUUUUGUGAUCAAGAAUUAUUAUCGUUAAUUUUUUUUAAUUUAUGAUUAAUUUGUAGUUGAUAAAUCACAAGGGAUUUUGUGAUUAAGAGAAAUAUUAUCGUUAAUUUUUUUAAUUUAUGAUUGACUAAUUUGUAGUUGAUAAAUCACAAGGGAUUUUGUGAUUAUGAAAA